AGGAUGUCUUUGCUUAUUUAGCAAAAUAUUCUGUGCCACUACUGCGAGCAGCGUGGCUGAUCAAGAUGACAUGUGCCUACUAUGCUGCUGUUUCUGAAGCUAAAAUUAAAAAACGUCAGGCUACUGAUCCAAAUAUUGAAUGGACUCAAAUCUCAACCAGAUACCUUCGAGAGCAGCUGGCAAAGAUUGCAGAAUUUUAUCAUGUGUCCUCAAACCAAGGCAAUGGCUCGGUUGCUAUGCCUCAAGAGGUGGAACAAGCCCUGAAGCAGUGGGAAUAUAAUGAAAAGUUGACAUUUUAUCUGUUCCAGGAGGGAAUGCUUGAAAGACAUGAGUAUUUGACAUGGAUACUGGAUGUUCUGGAAAAAAUCAGACCUGCUGAUGAUGAACUUCUUAAACUCUUGUUACCGCUAAUGUUGCAGUAUUCUGAAGAGUUUGUUCAGUCAGCCUACCUAUCCCGUCGCCUUGCUUAUUUCUGUGCCAGACGACUGUCUUUAUUGCUAAGUGAUACUCCUAACCUCGUAGCUGCACACUCACCUCACAUGAUUAUUGGACCAAACAAUCCUCCUUUAACAGCUCCAAGUCCUACUGCAACAGGUCCUGUGGUGAGCCCGGUACAGCUAGCCUGUUCAGAUUUCUUUUCCUGCCCACAACAUCGUCCUCUAGUUUAUGGACUGAGUUGUAUGCUGCAGACUGUAACUCUCUGUUGCCCAAGUGCCUUGGUGUGGAACUAUUCCACAAAUGAAAGUAAGAGCAUUAAUCCAGGUUCUCCUCUGGAUUUACUUCAAGUUGCUCCAUCUAGUUUACCUAUGCCAGGUGGAAAUUCAGCAUUUAAUCAGCAGGUUCGGGCAAAGAUUUAUGAAGUAGAACAGCAGAUAAAACAACGAGGUUGUGCUGUGGAGGUGCGAUGGUCUUUUGACAAGUGCCAAGAAUCAACGGCAGGGGUCACCAUCAGCCGAGUUUUGCAUACAUUGGAAGUCUUGGAUCGACACUGUUUUGACAGAUCAGAUUCCAGCAAUUCAAUGGAGACUCUUUAUCACAAGAUUUUCUGGGCAAACCAGAACAAAGAUAACCAAGAGGUUGCCCCUAAUGAUGAAGCUGUGGUAACACUGCUUUGUGAAUGGGCUGUGAGUUGUAAAAGGUCUGGCAAACACAGGGCGAUGGCUGUGGCAAAACUCCUGGAGAAGAGGCAAGCAGAAAUUGAGGCAGAAAGAUGUGGUGAGUCAGACGUGCUGGAUGAAAAAGAAUCUAUUUCUUCAGCUUCUCUUACUGGAUCCAGCCUUCCUGUCUUUCAGAAUGUCCUACUUCGGUUUUUAGAUACACAGGCUCCUUCAUUAUCUGACCCAAACAGUGAAUACGAGAAGACAGAAUUUGUGAAUCUGGUGCUGCUGUUUUGUGAGUUUAUUCGACAUGAUGUUUUCUCCCAUGAUGCUUACAUGUGCACUUUAAUAUCGCGUGGAGACUUGUCAGUUACUGCAACCACUCGACUACGCUCACCUACUGGAGAAACUGUAGAUGAACGCUAUUCUAAGGACCAUGAUGUGAAAUUGGAGGAACAUAGUAUUAUGGAACAUAUGGGCAUUGACUCAGGAGCCACUAACAUUUUUGAUGAUGUAGACAAGAGUGACUUUAAGACAGAUUUUGGUUCGGAGUUCCCAAUUUUUUCUCCAAUGCCUGGGGAGUCUUGUGAGAAUGUCAACUCUUUGUUAGACAGAAGAAUUUCAAUUAACAGUGAGAAGUCAGUGAAGAGGGAAAAACUGAGAGAACUGAUUUUUCCAUCCAGUUAUGACCACCUUCGCCAUUUGCAAUAUGCAACACACUUCCCUAUACCUCUGGAAGAAUCUUCUAGUCAUGAAUGUAACCAGCGCAUGAUUCUUCUUUAUGGUGUUGGCAAAGAGCGUGAUGAGGCAAGGCAUCAACUGAAGAAGAUUACCAAAGAUAUCCUGAAAAUCCUGAAUAAGAAAAGUACUACUGAAACAGGGGUUGGGGAUGAAGGGCAGAAAGCCAGGAAGAACAAACAGGAAGCAUUUCCAACUCUGGAGACUGUGUUCACCAAACUGCAGCAACUGUCCUAUUUUGAUCAACAUCAGGUGACAUCUCAGAUCUCCAGUAAUGUUCUAGAACAAAUAACUAGCUUUGCUUCAGGUACAUCAUACCAUCUUCCUUUGGCUCACCACAUACAGCUUAUCUUUGAUCUUAUGGAGCCAGCACUCAAUAUCAAUGGGCUUAUUGACUUUGCUAUACAGCUGUUAAAUGAACUGAGUGUUGUGGAAGCGGAACUACUGCUGAAGUCAUCCAGCCUGGCAGGAAGUUACACAACAGGAUUAUGUGUGUGCAUUGUUGCUGUUUUACGGCGUUACCAUGCCUGCCUAAUUUUAAAUCCAGAGCAGACUGCUCAAGUUUUUGAAGGAUUAUGUGGUGUUGUCAAGCAUGUUGUUAAUCCAACAGAAUGUUCUUCCCCAGAAAGAUGUAUUUUAGCUUACCUCUAUGAUCUCUAUGUGUCAUGUAGCCACCUGAGAAGCAAAUUUGGGGACCUUUUCAGUAGUGCUUGUUCAAAGGUAAAGCAAACGAUAUACAGCAACGUACAGCCCUCAAACUCCAACUUGUUAUGGGAUCCAGAGUUCAUGUUGGAUUUUAUCGAAAAUCCCUCUGCUCACAGCAUCAACUACUCAAUGUUAGGCAAGAUCCUGAAUGACAACGCAGCCAAUCGCUACAGCUUUGUGUGUAAUGCACUAAUGAAUGUGUGUAUGGGGCACCAAGAUGCAGGAAGAAUUAAUGACAUAGCUAACUUUUGCGCAGAGUUGACAGCAUGCUGCACGGUGCUAAGUUCAGAAUGGUUAGGGGUUCUAAAGGCUCUUUGCUGUUCUUCAAAUCAUGUCUGGGGUUUUAAUGAUCUGCUUUGCAGUGUGGAUGUGAGUGACCUUUCGUUCCAUGACUCACUGGCCAUUUUCAUUGCUAUACUGAUAGCCCGGCAAUGUUUUUCUCUGGAGGAUGUAGUUCAGCAUGUUGCACUUCCUUCUCUCCUUGCAGCAGCCUGUGGGGACCCAGAUGCUGAACCUGGGGCGAGAAUGACAUGCCGUCUUCUGCUUCAUCUCUUUAGAACACCCCAGCUCUACCUGUUACCCCAAGCAACGGGGAAGUCAUUCCCAGGCAUUCGCUCUUCUUGUGACCGCCACCUUCUAACCGCUGCUCACAACAGCAUUGAAGUGGGAGCUGUGUUUGCAGUCUUAAAAGCAAUUUUGAUGCUUGGUGAUGCUGAAAUUGGCAACAGCGGUGUUAACUCUUUGAAGAAUGAGGACUUCACUCUGAGAGGUUUAUUAGAUGACCUUAAUGAUGAUGAAAUUUGGGGUGCCUCACACACACUGAAAUGUGGAAAAGCUAUUUCCAUAGAAACUGCUAGUCUAAGUGAAUAUGCUAGAUAUGUGCUAAGAACUAUUUGCCAGCAGGAAUGGGUGGGAGAGCACUGCUUGAAAGAGCCUGAGAGGUUAUGCACGGACAAAGAUCUUAUAUUGGAUCCUGUUCUUUCAAACAAGCAAGCACAGAAACUACUGCAACUUAUCUGUUACCCUCAUGGUAUUAAAGAAUGCACAGAGGGUGACAACACUCAAAGGCAACACAUCAAGCGCAUACUUCAGAACUUAGAUCAGUGGACUCUCAGGCAAUCUUGGUUGGAGCUCCAGCUAAUGAUCAAACAGUGCAUGAAGGAGCCUGGUUCUGGGUCUGUGGCUGAAAUGAACAGCUUGUUGGAUAAUAUUGCAAAGGCGACAAUAGAGGUGUUUCAGCAAUCCGCUGAUCUAAACAAUAACUCUUCUAACUCUGGUAUAGGCCUCUUCAGUCCAAACUCUGUUGGAAAUGCUGAUACAAGUAAUACAAGACAGAAUGGUAAAAAGACAUUUCUAAGCUCUUCUGAACGUCGAGGCGUAUGGUUGGUGGCUCCCUUAAUUGCGAAGCUGCCUACCUCAGUUCAGGGUAGGGUCCUGAAAGCAGCUGGAGAAGAGCUGGAAAAAGGUCAGCAUUUGGGAUCGUCCUCAAAGAAGGAGAGAGAUAGACAAAAGCAAAAAAGCAUGUCUCUUUUGAGUCAGCAACCUUUCCUUUCUUUGGUACUUACUUGCCUUAAGGGACAGGAUGAGCAACGGGAAGGGCUUCUAACAUCACUGCAAAAUCAAGUUAAUCAGGUGGGUGGAAUGUUUGACACUGUGCAGAGAAGCACACAGUGGACUACAGACUGGGCACUUCUGCUGCUUCAGAUAAUUACUUCAGGAACUGUCGAUAUGCAAACCAACAAUGAGUUAUUCACAACUGUGCUUGAUAUGCUGGGUGUUCUCAUCAAUGGAACUUUAGCCUCUGACCUAUCAAAUGCAUCCCAAGGGGGGUCUGAAGAGAACAAAAGGGCAUACAUGAAUUUAGUGAAAAAGUUGAAAAAAGAACUAGGAGACAAGUGUUCAGAAAGUAUUGACAAAGUUCGCCAGUUGCUACCUUUGCCAAAACAGACAUGUGACAUUAUCACCUGUGAGCCAAUGGGAUCUUUGAUUGACACCAAAGGAAACAAAAUUGCAGGAUUUGACUCCAUAGAUAAGAAACAGGGUCUUCAGGUAUCAACAAAACAGAAAGUGUCCUCUUGGGAUUUAUUUGAGGGUCAUAAAAAUCCUGCCCCACUCUCCUGGGCUUGGUUUGGUACAGUUCGUGUUGAUAGGAAAGUGAUAAAGUAUGAGGAGCAGCAGCAUCUUCUCCUAUACCACACGCAUCCCAAGCCCAAGCCACGGAGCUACUACCUCGAGCCCUUAUCACUUCCUCCAGAGGAGGAGGAAGAAGAGCCUACUACACCUGUUUCUCAGGAACCAGAAAGGAAAUCAGCAGAGCUGUCAGAUCAGGGAAAGCCUACCACAGACGAAGAGAAGAAAACAAAAGGCAGGAAAAGAAAGAUAAAAUCAACCUCAAGAGCAGAUGAAUACCCACAGAACAACUUAUACAGAGUGCCUCCCAACUAUUCACCAAUUUCCUCUCAAAUGAUGCAUCAUCCCCAGUCUGCCUUGUGGGGUUAUAACGUUAUGGGACAACCACAACAGCCUAGCUUCUUUGUUCAGAACCAGCCCCUUCCAGCAGGUUCCAGAUUGGAUCCUACAGGCUCUUUUGUUCCAACGAACACAAAACAAGCCUUGUCUAACAUGCUACAGAGGCGUUCUGGCACCAUAAUGCAACCACCCUCCAUACAUGCAAUUACGUCUCAGCAGCAGCUGCUCCAGAUGAAACUCCUGCAGCAGCAGCAGCAACAGCGGCUACUCAGGCAGCAAGCCCAAACAAGACCUUUCCAACAGGGCCAGCCAAUAGAUCAGGCCGCUAUUUUCACUCAGCAAGUACGUCCUUCUUCCCAGCUUCCACAGUUCCCAGGGUUACAGCAGACACAGACUGUGCCUCAUGGAUACACAAUGUACAGUACUCAGAUGCCUUUGCAACAACAGCAGGCUGGUGGUGUAGUGCUUUCACCCAGCUACAACCCCAGAACGUAUCCAGCAACUCAUUCCAAUCCAGCUCUAAUGGAAAGACUAAGACAGAUGCAACAACAGCCAAGUGGGUACAUUCAACAGCAGGCUGCUGCUUAUAUUCAGCCUUUAACAGGCACUCAGCGACUGACUCAUCAGCCUUUGCAACAGAGUUCCUUGGUCGGAGGGGGACUUGAUACUGUACCAACCACAGCUCCUCACCCCAACCUUAACUCGGUACAGCUGCCUCAGGAACAGAUGAGACAGAGACAACAGCAAAUUCGACAACAGCGACUCCUUCAGGUGGGGCACUUGCAGCAACAGGGUCAACAGCAGGCACUUGGUCUCCAAGCAGUGCAACCACAGCAGCCUUUGUUUCCAAGACAAGGUUUGCAGCAGACACAGCAGCAACAGCAGACGGCUGCUUUAGUCAGACAACUCCAAAAACAGCUCUCUAGUAACCAGCCACAACAAGGGGUGAACCAAUAUGGGCAUUCUUCACACUUCUGAAUCUGAAAGGUGGGAUCAAGAUGUGGUGUUAUGUUUGCACUGAAGAAAAAUCAAAAUUCAAUGCACUAGUUAUUGCUAGAAAGCAAAAUUUUAAUUUUUUCUCUUUAAUUUUUUCAAUACGUAUAUUUUGUGCUGCAAUUGAUGUGAAUAUGUAACAAAGUGAAAGAUUAUUUUUUUUUGCAUUUAACUGGAAUUAAUUGUAUGAUUUGUGGGCCUAUUUAAAGAAUACAGUUGUUGCAAAGAAUUUGGUGCUUUUUUAGGGUACUGUUACUUUAAAGGGGUUAAAGAAUGGAUUUAUUUAUUUGUGGGAAACAUUUUUUCUUUUGUUAAGAACUGCACUGGACCAAACUACUGAUUUGAAAGGCACUUCCGAUUUUGGCAUAAAGAUUAAUGAACAAAUCAGAGUGUUCUCCUUUGUUCUUCAACAGUAAAAUGAACAUUGAUUUAAAUCAUAUUAAUUUUGACUGUUUGUAAUUUUCAUAAGCACUUUAUAAAGUUCUUUGUUUAAAAGUACCCAAUUUUCUCUUGCUUUCAUUGUGGAAAGAAGGUGCUGAAGUGGGUUUCUUGCUUGUAUUAGAACUUCCUAAGAUUUAUAUAAAAAGCCACAAUGUAACAUUAAUAAAUCUACUAGAAGUAGCUGUGCUUCACAUUUUUCUUUUUAAUGCAAAGUUCAUUGGCAGUGAACCUUGUGAGGGUACAAAAUGGGGUAACAAAGCCCUGAAUAGCACAACAGAUUUUGCUCUAAAUCAUUUAGGGCCUGAACCAAAUCCUGUUGAAAUCUGAUGGCAAUCUUUCCAUUGACUUCAACUGGAAUUGGAUCUCUGGGUCUCGUGCUAAGUUCAGCAAAAGUCUCUUUCCAGCUUUUGCCCUUUGGAAGCUUGUGCCAGGCUAGAAAAGCCUCCCAAAUCCCUUUUGCUGUUUCUGCAGUGCUCUAGCUGGGCCUCAUGUCUAUUGAUCUUGACCUAAAUGAGUUCUUCCUCUAAUAGAUGUAUUUAUUAUUUAUUUUGUAUGGUAAGUACUUAAAAUUUUGAAUUUAAGUCUUCAUGUUGGGUGAUAGUCUUGGUUGUGUAAUGCAUACUGCAUUUAUAAAUUUGGUGCAAACGCACAACUUAUACAUUAAAUUUAUUAUAAAGAGAUAUAACUAUUUUAUCCUUGUUCAAGUAUGUGGUAUAUUUGCUCGUAUUAGAGUAAAAAUAUCAGAAUAAAUUUACUAUGGGUUCAUGUAAUUUAAGAGUUACUCCAUAUGAUUUUCUUUUUUUAGAAUUAGAUGCACAAAUUGUGAAACAUGCAGGGCAUUUCAAAAUACAUGGGAAUUUUGUUCUCAUGUUCUGUAUUAACUCAUCUUUUCAUUUACCAUAAUAUAAGUGUACUGUUUGGUAUCCUAGUCAGACUUAGAUUGAAUAGAAAAGAGUCAACACUCAGCAAACAUUGUAGUACUGUAUGACAUCACAGAUAAUUAAAUUUUCAUAAACAGUUUAGUGUGGAAAAUCAUAAUAUCAAUAAUUUGUAUCUAAUUCUGACUUCCACACUGCAAAGUCUUACCCAUACAAGCAACUAGUAGGAUGGGUCAGCAUCUUUACUGCAAUAAAAUUCUUGUGAACUGCUUUGUACAUUGUGAAAAUUAUUUAACUCAAAAAUUCUUCACUUCACCAUCUCAGCUUGUACAGACCUUUAUCAAAACAGAAAGGCCAGUCAUUCCACUAAAUGAAUAGGUUGUCUGUUUUGAAAUAUUAACAUGUACCUGUACAUUUAUUUUCUUUUUUGUACAUUAGGUAUUUAAAAAAAAUGCCUGAUGCAAGUUGAUAUCCCUGUCCUUUCAGGUGACUGCAUGUUACUAGAAUAGUAUCCACCACAGAAAAGCAGACUUAAGACCAGUUUCUGUCCUCAGCCACAUACAUACAACACGCUUCACUGCAAUGGGGCUUCGUGGUUUUAGCUGAGGGCAAAACCUGGAGGUGCAUGUUUACUUAGUAGAAUUUGUUUGUUUACAAAUUAAUGGCAUUGAAAGUACCAGAAGCAAAACACAAUUUUAACUUUAAUUUUUCUUUUGGAGCAAAGAUUUAAAACUGUGUUAAACAAAAAUAACCUAGAUUACCAUCUAAUCAACUUUCAGUGGUCCCUGGGGACCUAGUCAGCAAAAGUAUUCAAGGCUGCCUGUGCCUUGCAAAGCCCCAAAACUUCUUGGGUCCUGACUCUGCUUGAGUCAAAGUUACUCAGCAGAAAAGAUCAGGUUGAAACAAAAGCUCUUUUAAAAACAAAUGAACAAGCUGGCAACUUUUUGAUCCUAAGGUUUUGGAGCUGGCUUGGAAGCUCAUGCAAAUAACUUAGCCACCAACUCAUUGUUCCUAGUUACUUUGAACUUCACAGC